AUGAAAGUUUGGAAGCUCCUAUUCAUCGGAAUUCUCGCCGUUCCUUGUUAUCUGAAUGCUCUCUCUACUACUGACAAUCCUCCAGUAUCCAUUAUCGGAAAAGAAGGGAGUUUUUCCCGAAUCUCCGAAAUGAUUGGUGCUUAUGCCCGUGUCAGUAUUGGACUCUAUAUCCUUGGAGAGUUAAUCGAACCAUCCUCUCCUAACCUUGCUAUAGCUGGAUACAUGAAUAUAAAUGAGACAAUCGUUGAUGCCUGGCUGAGAGUUGAUGGAAAAGAAGCUGUAACUGUGGUAAACGGUAUAACACGUGCAGCAGGAAAUGGAACGAAGGGAAUACAAGUUGAUGACUACUUGGAUAGAAUCACUGCAUUCGAGAAAAUCUUCACAGAAAUUGUAAAUGGACCACCAAUCCCUUCGAACUCGGAGCUGGAGAGAAUGGGACAGAUUAUUGAUGGAUUUAAACAAGCUAGCGAUGUUUCAAUUGCACGGUUAACAUCACUCGAAAAAGAGAUCAAAGCAGCUAUGGAAAUGUCUUAUGUAAAUUUCUCGGUCUCGACGGAAAUCGACGAAUUCAGAAGAGUGAAUAAAAUAGCGAUAUAUGCGAUGGAACAGUACCCUGGUGAGGUGAAAUCGGUGACCGAAAAGCUGAAAAAAUUCGAUGGGAUUCUGAACUUCACUGAUAUCUAUGGACCAAUUCAAAAAAGAAUAACAAAAUACGAUGAAUACUUGACUCAAAGCAAUACAAAUCUGAACAUUUCCAACCUAGCGACAGUUCAGAAAAUCUUUUCGAAGUCAUCAGACUAUCAAGUAGCAUCAAAAAUAGCUGAAUCGCUCAAAACAUUGACGCUUCUGGAUGAGACUUCAUCACUCGGUCGAAUCUGGGCGGAAGUUUUCAAAAAUGAUUUCACGGAACUGGAGGUACUAAAACAAGAUCUCGAUAGUCCAUUGUUGAAGAACACAUUGAAUAAAGGAGAGGAUCUGGAAGUGCUCAAAAAAGUGAUGAAUCCUAUUUUCGACAUCGGAAAAAUCGUAUCAGGAUUUUGGACUGAUUCUGAUGCUAUCUUCAGAGAUAUAGACUUCAAAGAGCAAGCAAACAUCAUUCAGCAACUUUUGACUAAUAUGGCGGAGGUAUCUAAUCUCGAGAAGUCAGUUGCUGCUGUAUCUUCGAUGUUGAAAUUGAAAAACAUUUCGAAAGAAUUGGAUGAUUUUAAGACAAAUUAUGACAAGAUCAAUUUGGAUGGAUUUCUUAAACAGUCACAAAUUGUUGACAAACUAAACGAAACACACAAAUAUGCAUAUGAAGUUAAUAUCCACAUUCCUCAUUGGAUAAGUGUCGUCGAAGAGGCUGAACGGACCAAAAGUUUAAACAACUAUAAAGAAGCGUCGAAUUCGGAUAAGUACGAAAAGUUCAAAAAUGAUCAUCCAUUGAGUACUAUACUUGCCAACUAUGGUGAAGCAGUAAAAGAUAUUCGAAUAACCUUCUCCUCUAAUAUCAACUUCCCGAAUAGUCAAGUGAAUGCGAUGUUCGCAAUGGCCACAUCUCUCAAUAAGACGAUGGAAGAGAACGAAAAGUCACUUGCAGAAGUUAAAGCGGCUCUGAACUUUAUCAAGAUUAGUCAGAAAGGAGAAAAUUGCGCUCAUUUUGUUUCCAAAAUCGGUACACUUGAGAAAAUUAUGGAUGAAAAAAGGAAGCAGUUGGAUACUGAAAGAGAGAAACUCAAGGAUUCGCCAGAUGCCGAGUUCUACAAAGAAGUUGUGAAACUGAAUCGGGGUUUCAAUGUGAAAGCGAAGCUAGUUGCUGGUUCGAAUCUAUUCAAAAUAUUCGAUAAAAUAGUGAGAGACACUAAGUUCGAUAACUUCUUCGAAGCAGGAGAUGUCCUCUACAAAAAGAUUCAAGAGGUGCCUUUCAGUAACAAGAACCGAUUCAAAUUGAUCCUGAAGAUGAAGAAACUCCAAACUAUCAAAAGUCGUUAUGAAGAGUUGAAGCAGGAGAUUUUGUUGCGAAAACACCGCUAUAAUAAUGUGCCGAUGGAAAAUUUGAUUCAACUGAGAUGGCUCAUCGAAAAUCUCUACGAACUUCCGAAUCCAGAAUUGAAAGUGGAAGAAUGGAAACAGUUCGCCGGCCUCGAGUCGCUCAAAAAUAAUACAUCGGGAGGAAACGAACUCGCCAAUUUCGAAAAAGCGAUCGAGGGAAUUUCCGAUUUGGACUUUGCUGAGUAUCAGAAAAAUGUUCCAAAUACUUAUGCAAACUUGAGAGCACUGAUACGAUUCCACAAUGCAAUUCUAGCUACUGAGAAAGUUUCGUCAAAAACCUUCUGGGAUUGGAAUCAUCAGUGGAUCGAAAUCGUGGGAUUCGUCGCUAUCACACUGAUUCUAAAUGCUCUUGCAUACGGCGGGGCUGCUUUGUAUAUCAGAAAGAAGAAUGUGACUCCGGAAGAGCUGGCGAAAAGAAAGGAAAGAAAGAAGUUAGAGGAGAAGGAGGAAUCAGAAGAGAAGGCAAAGAAUAAAACAGAUCCUAACAGUAAAGCUAAAGAAAAGAAGGGAACUACUACUAAUGUUAAAGCCAGACGCUAA